UAUUUAUUUGUUUCUUUAUUCUACAAGGGAGCUGGCCAGCUUCAAGAGACAGCUUGAGACAUCCUGUGACAGAUGCCACCUGACCCACAUAUCCAGAGAGAACCGUCAGAUGAGAGCGAGAUCUAGAGCCAUUAAAAGAAAGACGCUACCUGAGCAACACAGAUCAGCAGAUCAGCCAGACUUCAUUUACCAGAGAGAGAGCCAUUUUCAUUCCACAGCUCUUUCUUGCCCUUUCCCAGCUCUGUCCCUCUCUCCCACACACUGUGACAGAGGCAUCUCAAGACCCUGCCCCCCCUUCUCUCAUUUUCCCCGUACACCCAUAUAUAUUAUGUCAUCGAUUCAUAUCUGCUGUUUCCAAUCACCCAUCCCUGUUUGUGUGGCAGUAAGUUAAUGUUUGAACAGACCCAGCAUGCUGGUUCAUGUGGCUAUGACAGAUUUGGAGAUAUUGGGGGCAUCGGAUCCCCACCCCUGAGACAGCUGACAGAGGUUCAAAUACCUCAACUCAAAUGGACGUUAAGGGGCACAACUGGGCUGAGGAAGACUCUGAUGGAGACAAUGAAUGUGGGGAAUUCCUGUAUGGAGUACAGGGUACGUGCUGUGCUGAUCUGUACAGGCACCCUCAGCUAGAUGCAGAUAUUGAAGCUGUAAAGGAGAUAUACAGUGAAAAUGCUGUGUCUGUCAGAGAGUACGGGACCAUUGAUGAUGCUGACAUUGAUCUACACAUUAACAUCGGCUUCCUGGAUGAAGAGGUAGCCACUGCUUGGAAGGUUUUACGCACAGAACCUAUAGUUCUCCGCUUGCGAUUUUCACUCUCUCAGUACUUGGAUGGUCCAGAACCAACCAUUGAUGUGUUUCAGCCAUCAAACAGAGAGGACUUCGGACUUGGAAUUCAGCUGAAGAAGAUCUUGUCACUGUUUUCCUCCCAUCAAUGGAGAUAUCUCAGUAAUGAAGUUCUGCGAUCCCAACAAGAGAGGAGGCUACGAUGGCUUAGAGUUAGUGGUAGCAUCAAACGAUUCCGGGCUGGGCUCAGCAUAUUCUCUCCAGUGCCCAAGUCACCAAGUUUCCCCGGGGUCCAAGAUUCUACUGUACGGAGCAGCCUUACAGGGCCGGAUCUCCGAAGUGGCCUUGCCGGGACAGAUCUUCGUGCCCCACGUAUUAUGAACAGAUCUGUAUCUUGCACUCUUAGGAAUCCCAAAUCUGACAUUUAUGGGUCUCACAACCCCACGACCCAGGUCAGUGGACACUGUAAAACGGUACCUACUCUGGAAUAUGGAUUUCUGGUGCAGAUAAUGAAGUAUGCAGAACAGCGCCUCCCCACUCUAAACGAGUACUGCGUGGUGUGCGAUGAACAGCAUGUCUUCCAGAAUGCGUCCAUGCUCAAGCCAGCAGUGUGUACCCGUGAGCUUUGUGUCUUUUCAUUCUACACCUUGGGUGUGAUGUCGGGAGCUGCAGAAGAAGUUGCAACAGGAGCUGAGGUGGUGGGCCUGCUGGUUGCAAUGUGCCGGGCUGCACUGGAGUCACCUAGGAAAAGCAUCAUAUUUGAGCCGUACCCAUCAGUUGUGGACCCCAACGACCCCAAAACACUGGCCUUUAAUCCUAAGAAGAAGAAUUACGAACGCCUACAGAAAGCCUUAGACAGUGUUAUGUCAAUCCGCGAGAUGACCCAGGGAUCCUACCUGGAAAUCAAGAAACAGAUGGAUAGACUAGAUCCAUUGGCCCAUCCGUUGCUGCAAUGGAUAAUAUCCAGUAACAGAUCCCAUAUUGUUAAGCUGCCGCUGAGCAGGCAGCUGAAGUUUAUGCACACGUCUCAUCAGUUUUUGCUGCUCAGUAGCCCCCCAGCCAAGGAGGCCCGAUUCCGAACAGCCAAGAAACUCUACGGAAGCACUUUCGCCUUUCACGGCUCUCAUAUUGAGAACUGGCACUCCAUCCUACGAAAUGGACUGGUGAAUGCGUCCUACACCAAACUUCAGUUACAUGGAGCAGCAUAUGGGAAGGGCAUCUACCUGAGUCCAAUUUCCAGUAUUUCCUUUGGAUACUCAGGUAUGGGGAAGGGGCAACAUCGGAUGCCAUCCAAGGACGAAUUGGUUCAAAGAUAUAAUCGGAUGAACACCAUCCCGCAGACUCGUUGCCUCCAGUCUCGUUUUCUGCAGAGCCGGAAUCUGAACUGCAUUGCGUUAUGUGAAGUAAUUACAUCAAAGGAUCUCCAGAAACAUGGGAACAUUUGGGUGUGUCCAGUAUCUGACCACGUCUGUACUCGAUUCUUCUUUGUGUAUGAAGAUGGGCAGGUAGGAGAUGCCAACAUUAACACUCAGGACCCCAAAAUACAAAAGGAGAUCAUGCGUGUCAUUGGAACCCAGGUGUACAGCAGUUGAGGUUUGAGAACCUUUUGAUCACAUUUAGAAGUAAAGGGAGACUUAAUUUCCCCUAGAACCAAGAGCUUGGAGCAACUCUGGAUCUGUUAAAUCCUCCACAUGUAGAGGACUGAGGAUGCUCUGUGAGACAGGGGAAAUCCCCUCUGACGUGGAAGUCGUGAGGGGGAUCCUGCAAUGAUGAAUCUCUCCCAGAGACAGUCAGAUAAUGUUCAAUGUGGAGAUGAUACCGCCCUGGAACAAUUACCUGAAAUACUGUAUGUUGACUUUGCCCCGUGUCAGUCUUACCCCCAAUACUUUUCCAGUCCAUAAACAUUUCUCAUUUACAAACGUUUGUUUAACAAAAAAUA